CAUUGGCAACAGAUUUGUUGAAAAAUGGAGUCGUAAAAUUUUUAAUGAUUUUGAACAGUUCAAGUAACUAACUAGUCAUUAAUUGCAUUAACACUGUCAACAUGUCUGCAAAGCAUUUGAUGCCAGAAGUCAACGCUGCAGUAGAGAGACUUCUGGAGCUAGCUGAUCGCAUGAAGUAUGAAGAAUUUGGAUUCCUUGAUAAAGAUGUUGUCAAUAUAGACAAAGUUAUUGAUUCUAUGCAUGAACUGGAAAAGGAAAGAAGAGGUGCUCAUGAUUUAUUAGAAACAGAAACAAUACAUGCCAGUAUUCUCAGACAUAAAUUACAGUUCUUACCACCACAAAUUAAAUCUGAAAUAAAAGAAGCUGUAUAUUCAGCCAGACAAGACAAUGCUGAAGCUUUAGACAAUUUGAAGAAGAAGUUAGAAUCUAUUAAUAACAAUAUAAAAUAUUUAGAGGAGAGACAACAUGACCUGGAGGGUGAUUAUAGUACUUUACUGCCAGAAAGAAUUUCAGCAUCAAAGGAACAUGAAGAUAUUAUUCAAGAACUUAAUGAGAAAAUGGCAGAGAAAGCUGGCCUUCAGAUUGUUCUUAAUGAAACAAGAGACCAAGUGAGACAGACAAAUCAGAAUAUUGUAGAUUUAGAAGAUGGAAUUUUACAAUUGAAAGAAGAUUUAAUUCAUGAAAGAACAGAAGCUAGACAUGAGAAAAAGAAGCUCAAACAACUUGUUUCAGACACAAAUUCAAAAACAAAAAUGCAGAAAGAAGAGAAUGUUGUUAUGAAAAAGGAAUUAGAUCUUAUUCAUGAGAAACUGGUAGACAAUGAAGGCCAAUUAGAUGCUGUGAGAAAGAGUUUACAAACAUAUGAAGAUUCAAAGGCAAAAUUAGAAGCAGAGGAAAGACAAUUAAGUGAACAGCUAGCAAAUAAACUGAGACAAAAUGAAGCAUUGAGAAAAAAGGGUGUUGCAAUAAUUAACGAAGAUAUGAAGUUACAAAAACAAUAUGAAGACACAGAAAAACUUCUACUGAAAAAGUUCAAAAAGCUUGAAGCAGAAACACAAAGAGAGGAUGAUAGAAAUUAUGAACUUGAAGGACAAAAGCUUGAAUUGCAUAGUGACCUGGAAGAAAAAAUGAUACAAAGACAGGAAGAUUAUGAGGAAGUCAAAGCUUUAGAUGGAGAUUUGCAAGAUGAAAAAAGAGAACUUGGUAUGAAAGCUGAGGAAGUCGGUAGGAUGCAGGCAGAAAAUGUAGAAAUGGCUGACACAAUUGAGAGUCUAGCUGAAUCUCACAAGGCAGUUCUUGCACAGCUUAAUCAACAGAUAGAAGAAUUCAGAGAGCAGCUGAAUAAAGAAAGGAAAGAGAGAGAGACAUUUGAAAAACUAAUUGAGAAGCAAAUAGCAGAAAAGAAGAAGACAAAAGAGCAAGAAUUUGUUAGGUUAUAUAGCGAGCCAUCCCUAACACCCACUCCUUCUCCUCCACGACAAAUGAUAGAAAAGAGAAUGGAGGAAAAAGACAGGCAAAAGAAGAAAUUUGAGUCUCUUGGAAUGAAUGUACAAAACCAGAAAAACAAUGUAUCGAAAGACAUAGAAGAAAUGAAGAUUGAAAACCAUACAUUCCUUACACAGAUGAAUACUCAAAUACAAGAUGGAAAAGUUCAACAUCUAGAACUUACUAAUGAGGGAACAUCAUUACAAAAAGAACUAAAGGAAGAUGAAAAAGAAAUAACCAAUUUGGAGGGCAACUUGACAAAAGCUCAGGACGACUAUCAGAACAUGUUUGAUGCCAUGCAAUAUAAAGUUGCUAGAUAUGAGCAAGAGAUUACAGAAAUGGAGCGUGCUAUUAUUGAUAGGAACAAUCAAAUUGAAGAGAAGACUCCAGCAUACGAAGAUCUAGAGAAGUUUUUUGAGAAUCGCACUAAUGAAUAUGAUGUCCUAAAACGUAGCAUAGCUAAGAUGAGACAGAAAAAAUCUCAGUUGGAGGACAGCAUCCACAAGGAUACCAUGAAAAAACAACAAAUGCAGGAACCAAGGGAAAAACUUAAAAAAGAUUUGAAAAAGAAACGAGAUGAAGCCAUAUUCCAGCUUAAAAGACAUGGAGAAGAUCGACAGAAACUUGAAAAAGAUAUUUACAUUGCAGGUUGUAAAUUGAGAUCAGUCUUGGAGGAGAAUCAUAAAUUUGAAGAGGGAUGUGAUUAUUUGAGAAAGGAAAUAGAAGAUAUUCACCAACAGAUGAUUGACAAUGAAAACAUCAAGAAUAAGUUGGGCCUACGGUUACAAGAAUCAAAAGGUCAUCUAGUUGAAAGCUGGGAUGUGGAUAAUCAGAUUCAAGAGAACUUUGCAGAAAAGGAUAAGGAAGUUCUAGAGCUGUUCGGUGAAAUUCUUGGUAGGACAGACGAGAGAAGGGACAAAAUCACGGAGAUAAGUUCCAGACUAGAAGAUGAGCUGCUUAUGUUAGGUGGUUUCCUUGAUAACUUGUCAACUCGUAGACCAAAAGGAAAGAAAAAAGUUACUUUAAAAGAUACUCCUGUAGGAAGCAGACAUCCGCAUAACACAGGGUCAAGGUCAGUUAGCAGAACAAGCCGUCGUGACCCACUAGAUCAUAUGAGUAAGCGACCAGAAACAAGCGAUGGAAGAUUCAGUGCAUUAGAAGCUCGUGCAAAUCAAGAGGAACGUGAUUUAAUGGUUACACCUAGUAUUCAGGACAAAUAUUCGAGGCCACCUACUGUGGCAUCAGGGAAAGUUGUGACAAUAUCAGAUGUAAAAGAUAAUGAAGCAACAAAGUGAUAUGUUUUUAUUUAUUUUGUUUGUUAUUUAUAUGAAAUAAAUUUUGUCGAUAUUUUUACAA